GUAGCAAAUGAACGCUCUCUCGCCCUCAAUCCGGUGCCUCGUGACCCUUGUAUGUUGUUCUUCAAUAAUCCUCUGAUAAUCUUCACGAUACCAUCGGCAAUGGUAUCCAAAUCGUUUGUUCUCCAUGGGUUGCAGCACACAAACGCUAAAGAACAUUCUAUGCAUGUUUGGGGGUUGCAUGUCAUGAAGCAACACAGGAGCGGUAGGGCCUAA